GCAAGGUACCCGACCCAUAUUAAAUUUCGAGGGCCACGAUUCUCCAACACCAAAGACUAACAUGACUCGCAUACACACACAAAUCAUCCCCAAAUUCAACAUAUUUUUUGAGUUUCCCUCCUUUUCGAAGUUGAGCUGAAAGCAUUUCAAUUUUGAUACCAUACAGCCAGUAAUAGCUAACAAACCUUUAUUCAUUCAAAAUCUACUUCCAAAAUUUGCAGCAUUUCUUCAAAAUCAUUCCCUUAACGUUGUUCUUAUCUGUAAAUUCGACGCUGAAGUUUAGAGAUCUAUUAAGCGAUUGGAGCUGAGAUCGUUGGUUUAUUCAUAAUCUCCAACCCUAAUGCCAUCAUCAGAAUCAAAACUUCUAGUGAAGAAAAUGAUCCGUCGUUUACUAGUGCUGUGCUUCGCUUGAGCAGCAAUUACAUUGUCGUGGGGUCGGAGGACCUACCAACUGUGUGUUCGUAAGUCGUGUUAUUAAAUUUUGAGAGAGAAAUUGCAAGAAGAGAAAAGAGAAGCUUCAUGAAUGGCUAAUUACUAUGAUAUUGAUGAUAUUCUUGCGGAGGAAGGGUUUGUCCCAGUUGUAUUCCAUAAGGCCAUAAAUGGAGUGAAGAUUGAUGAGAGCACUGAAAGGGGAUAUGUUGAACAAGGUUCAAAGACUGAGCUACCUUUCUGGCUUGCUCAUGAGUUACAUUUGAGGCAAGCUGUAUCAAUGGGUAUUCCUACCUGUUUCAAUCAAAAAACACGGCUGGAAAUCCAGGCUGACGCUGCUUGUGUGGAUCUAAAAUCUCGUUGUCCAUACUUCUAUGAGUUUGGAUGCAAGCUAGCACCAUUGUGUGAUAAAACCAUUGGGCUCUUGCUCUCCUAUGCAUUUAGAAUCCGGUAUAAGGAGGUUCUAUUCAAGGCACACACUACAGCAUUUGCAGCAGCCUCCAAAUUCUUGGGACUUUUAACAAAGGAAGAAAUUAAUUUAUAUGAGGCAGCUCAAUUCUCCAUGGCGGCUUUUAAGAAAUGGAGAAUUGGUGGCCCGAGAAUGCAGAGAGCUUCAAUUCUUGGGAGGAAGAGAAAACCUGCUGAUUAGUGGGCUAUUUGUAACCUGACGUAUGUAGACUUGUCUUCGGCAGGUAACCGGGUGUUGCAAAUUGCACGAGGUGUUUGUACACACAUUAGAAUUAAGUUACAUGCAUAUUAGUGCAUUAGAGACCUAAAAUUUUCUAUGUUUCUUUAAAUAUUUUUUAUCUUUCGUGUUUGAUUCUGUUUUACAAUCCUGCCUGAUUUUCGACUCAGGCAGUAGUCAUAGUAUCAAUAGCUAAUGUAAUGUCCUGUUGAGGGGUUAGAACUUAAAACCACCAUAUAUAGAAGAUUCUUUAUUGAAUAAAUUGAAGCAUACGUUCUUCAUGCUUCAUACUGUUUGUAAA